AUGUCUGCCCUCAGCGCCAACGCCGUCCUCGAGGCCGUCAAGAACCGCCGCUCCUACUACCCCCUGACCAAGGAGAUCCCCCUCUCCAGCGAGCGCGUCGACGAGAUCGUCAAGGAGGCCCUCCGCCACGUCCCCUCGUCCUUCAACUCCCAGUCCAACCGCGUCGUCGUCCUGCACGGCGCCGAGCACGAGAAGUUCUGGGACAUCACCGCCAACGUCCUCAAGGCCAUCGUCACCCCCGAGCAGUGGGAGAGCACCAGCGGCAAGAUCCAGAUGUUCCGUGGCGCCGCCGGCUCCGUCCUCUUCUUCGAGGACCAGGACGUCGUCAACUCCUUCCAGGAGAAGUUCGCCAUCUUCGCCGACCGCUUCCCCGUCUGGGCCAACCAGUCCGACGCCAUGCUCCAGUUCACCCUCUGGACCGCCCUCGAGGCCGAGGGCCUCGGCGCCAACCUCCAGCACUACAACCCCCUCGUCGACCAGCAGGUCGCCGCCGAGUGGAAGCUCCCCGCCAGCUGGAAGCUCAACGCCCAGCUCGUCUUUGGCGGCAAGACCGGCGAGGCCGGCCCCAAGGAGUUCAAGCCCAUUGAGGACAUCUUCAAGACCUUCAGCUCUUAG